CAGAAAGAGCCACGAGAGCAAUCAGUCCUCAGCUGUUCUUUUCAACUCUCCCAGACGUACUUGGAGGCUUCCUCUGUCCCUUGAACCUCUGAUCAUGGAAAGAAGCAAGAUGACCCCAGAGGUCCUUCUUCAGUUGCUGCUGCUGCUUCUAUGGGUUUCAUAUGAGAGGGGCUCCCUUGGAAAAGAAGUCUAUGAAGACAAGCACAGAGUAGUUGGGGAGACACUCACAGUGAGCUGCCAGUAUACACCUCAGAAACCUGAUCAUCUGGACAAAGCCUGGUGUAAAAAGAUAGUAAAUGCAACUACAUGUACUUUGUUAAUCACAAGACCACGAUCUCGGUCAAAGACUGAGGACCGACGCUACUCCCUCAGUUAUAACACUAAUGUCAUCUCGAUCAACAUGUCUGACCUCCGGGUGGAAGACUCUGGGGAAUAUUGGUGUGGAAACCACAAUUCUAGUGCAAAUGUUAUUGAUGUUUUCAAGAAAGUUCACCUAACAGUAGCUCCAGCCCCAACACAGAGGACAACCCAGCAGGAAUUAACUACCAUGAUAGAAGCUAUCGCCAUCAUCUCUACCACCAAGAGGUCCCCAAACUGUCUCCUCCUCCUUGUGGUCUUUGGCCUCCUCCUGCUAAAAGGUCUGACCUUCUUAGUCCUUCUUGUUCUUCUGUUCAGGUUCAAGAACCAGAGUAAUGGAUACACUGGAAAAGUAGAAGAGUUGAACAAAUUGGAGCUAUCCGAGAUAUCCCCCUACCUCUCCUCCUCUUGAUGGAGGGUCCUGAUGCUCCUAGUUCAGCCCAGGGUACUAAGUAUAGAGAUUUCAUAUCUCACCAAGUUCUUAAGUACCAUAUGCAUCGCCAGAUGCUGGAGCCAGGUGUGCUGGUAAAUAUUUAACAACCCACUCUCUGAAAACCCAUGCUGCAUUUUCAAGUUUAAUCUUCACUAUUAGUAUUAUCUUCAACACUGUGUUAAGUCUUGACAAUCAACAUAACAAUAAAUCCAGUCAUUAUUUGUA